AUGUACAAAGGGAAAAGAAAGUACAUUGAAAUUUGGCAGAAAGUUGAAAUUGCUGAAUUUUACAUUCAACACCAAAAUGAGAUGAGCAUGAGAGAUGUUGCUGCAAAGUUUCAUGUCAACUCCUUUAGCUCGAUUUCCGAAUGGGUGAAUAAGCUUGAUGAGUUGAAGAAAUCAGUAAAAUCUGAUAAAAAAUUAAAAUUAGAAAGCUUCACUCAAUUUCCAGAGCUAGAGAAAGAACUAGUUCAUUGGUUUACUGCAAUCCGUGAGCAAGGUAUUCAGGUUCUCAGAUCAACGAUUGAGGAGAAAGCAAAAAGUUUGGCGGCAGAAAUGGGAUUGGCGCGAUUCGGCUGUGGAGAUAAAUGGUGGCAAGGAUUUAGGACCAGAAAUAAUUUAUCUUUCAGAAAAAUCAAUGCCUCAAGCAUUAAGCCAAUCGAAAAAGAGGCAGAACUUGUCAGGCAAUACCUAGAUGAUUUAGCGUCAUUGCUUCCUCAAUUCGUUCCAUCUAACAUUUACAAUUUCGAUGAAACGAGAUUUGAUUGAGAUGUAAAAAGCAAGUUCACUUAUGAUUUCAAGGGAACUCAACGAAUUCUAGGCGUUCAAUCAGCUAAAAUGAACCAUUUUAUCACUGUUAUGCUUAUGAUUAGAGCUGAUGGAGAAAAAAUGCCUGCUGCUUUGCUCAUUUUUCAAGAGAAAAAUGGCCAGAUCCCGAACCUUGUAAGAGAAAGACUGAAUAUUCCAGAAAAUGUCAUCAUAAAAUCAAAUAAAUCUGGCUACAUUUCUGACCAGAUUCUUAAUGACUACCUCAGAACAAUAUUGAGACGAGAAAACCAACUGCUGAUUUAUGAUCAGGCUGGAAGUCAUAAAACUAUCAUGAUUUCUAAUGCAAUUUCAGAUUUAGAUGCAACCAAAAUUGUGAUCCCUGGAGGGUGCACAAAGUAUUUGCAACCACUUGACGCACUGGUAAUUGCAAAUUUCAAAUCAAAAACAACAGAUUUCAGAAUCAAAUUCCAAACAGAGCAGAUUGAAAGAAGAUCGAAAAGAACUGGAAACCUCAAAGCUCUUGAUCGCCAGCAACUGAUAAACAUUGCUUCAAAGGCGUGAGAUGCUGUAAGCCCUCAACUUGUCAGAAAAUCAUUUGAGUUGACGGGUUCUUAUGGCGUUAAUCAUCCAAAGAUUUUCAGCCAUCAAGUUAAUAUGAAGAAGUUAAUUAUCUAA